UCUUACUCUAAACUCCAAUAUCGCUAUUCAGAGAUACCCGCCUCGAAAGGGAAAUGGGUUUGCUCUGAGAACCAAAAUGGGUGACGAACAACUGUCCCCCACCCCCGGCUCGGGUCUCCGGCGAGCCGUCGAGCUCGUCUCUUCCUUGAUCUCCCUUUCCUACUCGACCAGAGUCUUCGCCGGAAAAUGGCAACUGAUUCGAACCAAGCUCGAGGAGCUCCAUUCGGGGCUCAUCGCCGGUGAGUCCCCGUCGCUCUCCGGCGUGCUCCCGGCGAUAAUGGGCACCGUGGAAGAGUGCCACGAGCUGGCACGGCUGUGCGUGGAUCUGUCCUACAGCGGAAAGCUUUUGAUGCAGAGCGAUUUGGACGUGACGUUGGGGAAAUUGGAAGAGCACGUGAAGAAGGUAUCUGAGAUAUACAAGAAAGGUUUUUUGAUGCAUAGCCACGCUGUGAUUGUUUCAAGGCCUUGUCUUGGUGCUUGCAAAGAGGACAUGAGGUUCUACCUAAGGGACUUGCUCACUAGGAUGAAGGUUGGUGAUUUGGGUAUGAAGAAACAAGCCUUGGUUAAUUUGCACGAGGUUGUUGUGGAAGAUGACAAAUAUGUUAAGUUGGUUUUUGAAGUUUCUGACUUUGUUCAUGUCUUGGUGGAAUUUCUUGGUUCCUCUGAGGUUGAGAUUCAGGAAGAGACUGCUAAUGUUGUUUCUGUGGUUGUGGGGUUUGAUUAUUAUAGAGGGGUGUUGAUUGCUGCUGGGAUUAUUGCACCCUUGAUUCGGGUUUUGGAGUGUGGGAGUGAGCUGGGGAAGGUUGGUGCUGCUAAUUGUUUGCGUAGGUUAACUCAGAAUUCGGAUAAUGCUUGGUGUGUUUCGGCUCAUGGGGGUGUCACUGCCUUGUUGAAGAUUUGUGAUAGUGUGGAUUCUAAAGGGGAGUUGAUUGAUCCUGCUUGUGGGGUGUUGAGGAAUCUUAGUGGUGUUGAAGAAAUCAAGAGGUUUAUGGUUGAGGAGGGUGUGGUUUCCUUGUUUGUGAGACUUGUGAGGUCCAAGGAUGAAGCAAUUCAGGUGAGUGCCAUUGAAUUCAUCCAAAACAUUGCCUCCGGUGAUGAAUUGGUUAGGGAGGUGGUGAUUAGAGAAGGUGGGGUUCGUGUUCUGAUGCGUGUUUUGGAUCCUAGAUGCACUUGUUCUUCUAAAACAAGGGAGGUGGUGAUGAGAGCUAUUGAAAAUUUGUGUUUUUCUUCGGCUAGUUAUGUUAGUAUUUUGAUGAGUUAUGGCUUUGUGGAUCAGCUGCUCUAUUAUGUGCGAAAUGGGGAGGUUUCAAUUCAAGAGCUGGCACUGAAAGUGGCAUUUAGAUUUGGUGGAACAUCAGAGGAGGCUAAGAAAGCUUUGGGAGAUGCUGGCUUCAUGGCAGAGCUUGUUAAGUUUCUAAAUGCAAAAUCAUUUGAAGUUCGCGAAAUGGCAGCUGAGGCACUCUCUGGUAUGGUUAUGGUACCAAAAAAUAGAAAGAGAUUUGUGCAAGAUGAUCAAAACAUUACUCUUCUUCUGCAAUUGCUAGAUCCGGAGGAGGGAAAUUCAGGUAAUAAAAGGUUGUUAGUCUCUAUCCUAAUGUCCUUAACAAGUUGCAACAGUGGGAGGAAAAAGAUUGUGAGUUCUGGGUAUGCCAAAAACAUAGAGAGACUUGCAGAAGCUGAAGUCUCUUCUGAUGCCAAGAGGCUUGUGAGGAAGCUAUCCACAAACCGGUUCCGCAGUAUGUUGAGUGGAAUCUGGCACUCUUGAAUUUUUAUUUCUUUUGCCUUGCCCAUGACAAGAGUAGCACAGCAAUUUUUUUGAGAUUGUAACCAGUAGUGAAUUUAGUGAUACCGUGAAAACUUUAUUGUAGAUUUUCUUGAGAAUACUCUGGCAUUGCCUUUAGGCCUUUGGCUAUGGCAAUUCAGUAUUGAAGAAGUAAAGGUAUACAUUACAUUAUAUUAUAUGACAUAGAAGAAUGUAAUUAAUUACUAGUGAUAGUUAUUAUGCCAAUUU